UACUGAAACCCGAAGCAAAGACGGAAACGACUGUGAGAUAUUAUCUCGCAUCCCAGUUACUCUCUGUAGCGUCAGUUGGGGCGUGUUGACGGACCAUCCUGCAAGCGGAGUUUAAAGUAACUCACGAACUCAGCCAGUUAUCCUGCUCAACUCGACAGAGUGCUGUCGCCUCACGUUAAAGGAAGAUGUUUCUUGCAAAGUCCUUUCUCAGUGGCAUCAUCGAUGUUGUCAGUAACAACAUCGACCAGUUUGUUCCUUCUGACCCUCCUCCACCACGCAGGCCAGUUGUAUAUGCCGAGCAGCAUGAGAGCGAUGAGGAGAAACAGUUCCGCAGGGUCUUCCAGCAGCUCGCUGGAGAGGACAUGGAAGUGAGCCCGAAAGAGCUGAUGGAUAUCCUCAACAAAAUCAUUUCAAAGCGUGGAGACCUGCAGACAGAUGGUUUCAGCAUUGAGUCUUGUAGGAGCAUGGUGGCAGUCAUGGAUAGUGACAGCACUGGAAGACUCGGCUUUCAUGAAUUCAAACAGCUCUGGAACAAUAUAAAGAAAUGGCAGGGAGUGUACAAAACUCAUGACUGCGAUGGCUCCGGUCUCAUCGGUGCAGAUGAGCUGCCCACCGCGUUCAGAGCCGCUGGCUUCCCCCUCAAUGACCAGCUGUUCAACAUGAUAAUCCGCAGAUACAGCGAUGAGGGCGGCAACAUGGAUUUUGACAACUACAUUGGCUGCCUUGUGAGGUUGGAUGCCAUGUGCCGUUCCUUCAAAACCCUGGACAAGGAUAACAAUGGGACUAUCAAAGUUAAUGUUCAGGAGUGGCUUCAGCUGACCAUGUACUCUUGAGUCCAGACAAUGUCGUCCCCCCUCCUGCUUGGAACCACUUUGUUUGUUAGCACAAAAUAUUUUCUCAACCAUCCCUACAACUCUGUUAUUCAGCAAAUCCAUUGUGUGUGCAGGCUUCUUUUUUAAAUUCAAUGCAGGCGUAGUGUUCCAUUAUACUUGCGAGACAGAAAUUACUGUAUUGGCAACCCAGAAAAGCACAAUCCUGCACUCGCAAUAGUACCCAUCAUGGGCAUAAAGACGACAGGGUGCUGAACUGGUGUCAUUUGGUGCGCUUGUUUGACAUUUCCUUUCUAUCUUUCUCGUGCCUGAGAGGAGGUAUACGCCAACAUCAUGUUUUAUACGCAGUGACAUUUUUGAAAAACUUUAUGUGAAAGCAGGAAGCUCCCGUUCGUAUGCGGCUGGUCUCACAAAGAUUGUAUGUUAAGAGGGAUCUGUGGAGGUAGGCCAAUCAUAGUUUUGCUCUGAGACUGUUUAACUGCCAAAAUGUGGACAUUGGACAAAAAUGUCCAGUUUUCUGCUAGAGUGAACAGAAGUUAACAAUGCGAAGCUGUAGCUUGGUUAACCAUGUUUGCCAUUUGAACGGCCACUCACAGUUGUUUCCACUUCUUUUGCCUAAUUAUAUCCUUCUCAGGACUAUGUGGGCGUGUACAGAUGAUUGAGUGACAUCUCCGUAUCUGCUGUUAUUUUUUCCGUUACACCUUUAGCGUUCGUAUUAGCACAGGGAGUUAAGUGGCCAUGCAAAUUCUCAGAAAAGCUCCACCGAACUUCAACCCGAGCAGAGUGACUGUAACUGGAAAAACCUGUGAGGAUGUGCAGGAGCCUUUAAGAGAGGGUUAAUGUACCCACACAGCAAAUCGGUCUGUAAUGUUUAAAGGCUCAGCACCCAGCAUGUUUUCAGGUGUUCUAGCUGAGUAGACCUCUGGACAGGUUAAAGUGGGGUGGAGCAAUACUGAGAAUUACUCAAGCUCAUCUAAAUCCAUUCACUCAUGAGAAUCACAAUGGUAUAAGUUGCCCCUAGCAGGUGCAACAACACUACCAGGAGUGUCAGUCAGUGUGUACACACCUGUGCAGCCCAGAGAAGAGGUCUAAAUUUGGGUAAACGGGUAUGGGUGGACCUUUUCUUUGCAGAGACUUUCAGAUAGACAAAAACUAGAGCUUUAUAAAGUUAUACAUGUAUCUAAAGUUUCACUAUUUUAGUGUGACUCGACAUUCUCCUCUUCUGCUGUCUGUGCUAUCUAUUUUGCAAGGGCACCGUAGCUGCGUCUUCUGCUUAAAACUUCCCAAUAGGAUUGUGAUUGGUUUAAAGAAAUACAAACUAGCCCGUGUUUUUUUUCUUUCCCCCUUUAGCUGAAUGGAAUGUGUGGAGCCAGUGUACUAUUUGUUAGAACACAGUCAUAUUCAUUAUCCUUGUGAAACCAGCCCCAAGCCUCACUGACGAGAGAUUCUUGUUCACCAAAACAACAAUGCGGGACAGCUCGCCUUUUUUUUUUUUUUUUUUUUUUUUUUUUUUUUUUUUUUUUUUUUUUUUAAUAUAAAGAAAACUAAGGUAGAUGUGUGAAUGAUGGUGCAUUUGCACCGCAGCCUAUUGCAAGCAGAUCAUGGUUUAAUGAUUUGUAUCAGAGUUGCACUGUCACUGUAUAUGCAUAGCGGUGAGGACCGCUAGUGCGUUCUCCUUAUACUGACAUACAUUAACAUCCCUAGAGGCAUUGCUUUGUUUGGGCAUGCUAAUAUUUUGCCAUUUCAAUGCUGGUAAUGCACCUUGGCCAUAACACCCUCUAUGUUUCGGCUCACCAACCACUUUACUCUUCUCUGUGCACAUGUUCAAAAUGCCUACACCGGAUAAUGCCAGCACAAUGUGUAAAUUGAUAAUAUAUAACCUGUGUAUGCCACUAAUGCAUGCAGCCAAAAGUAGAGAUGGCAUUAUUAAGUGUUCUUAACUAUGUAGUUAUAGCCACAGUCAUUCAACUUUUGCUGAAAAAUGCUUGGGGAAAUAAAUACCUGUGCCAUAUUUGAAAUAAAAGGGUAUGUUAAA